GUGUGCAAGUAAGGGUGUGCUCCUGUUAAAUAAAUGUCAACUGGGCAAUGGAAAAGGCAAUGACAAAAAGUGAAAGAUGGUAGCAUAAGAGAAGUGAAAUGUCGAGGAGCGGCUGUAGUUACACAUAUCAGAGACUCAAAUCAGAGCGCUCGCCAUCAUGAUGCGAUGUGCCUAAUGUCGACCGUCUUGUCGCCUACGUCCUUACGUUACUACGUUGCGUCUAGAAAGCUGCCGUGGCACGAGGGAAACGCUUGUGAACCCUCCUUUUUCCGAACCGCAGUAUCCUAGCACGACGAACAGCGCCUACCGCCCGCGGUCCGCAUUACAACCUAGUUACUGAUAUCUUUCUUGGAUCGAUUCGAAAUCGCAACAGCAUGGUAUUUCCACCAGAGAAGCGAGCGGAGGUGUUGCAGCGGUGCGAGCACAUAGGAGAAGUACGAAAUUUCCUGGACAGCAACGUGCUGCCAAAGGUCUCGGUAACGAUUUCCCGGUUGCGAACGGAGCUGCAAGCGAUAGUGUCGGAACGCACUCGACACCUCGAGCUCAUAGCGCAGCAAAGAGAAAAUUCCAUCGAUCAUUAUGAGUUGAGUUGUGGUUUCUCGGCAAUCAAGGGGACGACUGCGUUCAUCUGCCUAGAAAGAGGAGGUCGUGAAAAAAUCAGAUUAGAUGUUGUGCUGAUGAUCUAUGCUAGGGUCAUCACGAAGUACUUUGGCUUUAUAUAUUCUUCUUCUUUAGACUACUUUCAUAGACACGAGCCCCACCAGAUGGAAGAUGACAUCUAUCGCAGCAUGGUGGUCGACGUGGUAGACCAAGUGGCCACGUUGGAUAUAACGCUGCAGAGGUAAAUCCACUUUUGGAAUCCCUAUAUUUUUAUUUUUACGAAACAACUCUUAUUGUUAAUGUUAUUCAUCCACUUUGCCGGCGUUUUUUUGAAGUAGAGCUGUGCGUUCUUUUUGUAGAUGUUUUCUUAACUAUUUUCCUCAAGCAAGGAUAGUUUAUAUUGCACGCAAGCAUACUUGUUCACUUCUAUUUUAUGUUCUGUUUUCAGAAUCGAAGCAACUUUCGUUCCGGAGAGCUCUGCGGACAGAGGACGGCUACGCGAGGUGUCGUAUGUUAUCGCAAGUCUCUAUCGGGACGCGAGAAAGGUUUUAUCAACGCUAGCUCCACCUCAGCCGCGCCAGGAACCAGAAAAACCGAAGAACAUGUUUGCCAGCUUGGCAAGCCAUCUACAAAAAGUUUUUAGCUGUACAGAACCGAGAAAACGAUGAAUUUGUGGGCUCUUUUAUCUUUUACCAAAGUUUGUUGUGGCAUCAGCAUGCAUACUGUUAGGGGGACACGCUUUGCAUGAUGACAUGAGCGGUUUUCUUGAUUUCAGAAAAUGUCCAGAAGCAACACGGUGAAAACGGUAGCUUCCCACUUUCCGCGGCGAUGUGCGAACGAGGGGUGACUGAAGAGUUGGCGAGCGCAAAACGAGAUGAAAAG